UAACCCCCAUCGCCCUCCAACAUCGCCAUAAUAAUAGCGACUAUUGAGUUGUCCCUUAUCACUGUUUGGAUGUUUCUGUGAUUUUUAGCGCAUUGUUUUGAGUUUGAGCUUGGGUCGAAAUUAGCGAAUCUGUUGAGACUAUGCACAACCGGAAGGCGUAGCGAUGGCGGCCACCAGAAAGCUACAAGGGGAAAUUGAACGCUGCCUGAAGAAGGUGUCCGAGGGGGUGGAGACGUUCGAAGACACCUGGCAGAAGGUGCACAAUGCGACCAACAGCAACCAGAAGGAAAAGUAUGAGGCUGACCUCAAGAAAGAGAUCAAAAAGCUGCAACGGCUGCGCGACCAGAUCAAGUCAUGGAUCGCCUCCGGAGAGAUUAAGGACAAGACGGCCCUUCUCGAGCACCGGAAACUCAUCGAGACGCAGAUGGAGCGCUUCAAGGUGGUUGAGCGAGAGACCAAGACUAAGGCCUACUCUAAGGAGGGUCUGGGCGCAGCCCAGAAACUUGACCCUGCCCAGAAGGAGCGUGAAGAAAUGUCUGUUUGGCUCGCCUCGGCCAUCGACACUCUCAAUCUCCAGUUGGACACAUUCGAGUCUGAAAUUGAGUCAAUGCAAGCGGGGAAAAAGAAAAGGCUGGACAAAGAGAAGCAAGAUCGAAUUGAUGAAUUAAAGUUCCGGUUAGACAAGCAUCGAAAUCAUAUUAGAAAGCUUGAGACGUUACUCAGAAUGCUUGAUAAUAUGUCUUUAGAAGGAGGACAGCCUUUGCAGAAUUCAUUGGUUAGCCAGAUCAAGAAGAUCAAAGAUGACAUAGAGUAUUACAUCGAUUCUGCGUCGGAUCCUGACUUUGAGGACAACGAGUUCAUUUACGAUGAUAUCACUGGACUGGAUGAGGUGGAGCUCUCGGGGAUUAACUUGCCUGGGACUGACAGCAAUGACGGCGCCUCGCCCACCAGUAUGGUCAGUGGAAGUUCGCCAGUGCCGCCUCCGGGAUCGCCGCCCCCGCUCAGUGGGCGACCAGCUUCCAACUCGAACCAUUCCAGCAGCGAGUCUGACGAGGGGCGCAAGAGGGUUCCUUCGGGGGGUGCUCCCAAGGUGGAGCCCCUCCGACCUACUGCCGUUCGCGCAGCCUCAGCUGCCACAACCAAACCGACCCCGAAGCCUCCUGCGCCUGGCGUUCUCCUCAAUCACCUCAGUGCCGUCAGCAACUUUGCUGCCGUCGCAGGCGGUGGCCCGCCAGCGUCCACUACGCCCCAACCACCAAAGCAACCUGCUGAAGAAACAAAUUUUGUAGGGGCAGUUACGGAGAAUGCGAGCAAUCCAAUGUGGAGUGUGCAGAGCAAUGGUCCCUCGAACCCACCUUCUGCGCCUCCAGUUGCGCCUGUGGCUGUGCCUCUCCCUGCUGCACUAGUGGCUGUUCCCUCGCCUGUUGCUAUUCCCCACCCUCCAGUUCCCACAAAUACAAUGGUUUCGGGCAGCAUUUCCACUGGCUCUGUGACGCCAGUGAGUUCGUCGCCCUUGCCUCCUCCUCCGUCAGGACCAGUGAGAGAAAUUGGAGUCAGCAAAGCAGCCACCAAUGGUCCCACGAUUAAAGAGGCAGCGUCCUUGAAAAACAUGGCACAACAAGCAGUGGCAGCACUAGAGGUGGCGCCCACGUUCGAGACAGGAAUUGAAAGUCCGGCGCCGGCACCUUCGGAAGCACACAUCCCUCCAUUGCUCGGAGUAGCGCCGUUGGGUCCAGCGCCCCUUCAGCGCGAGCACCAGUUCCAGCUGCAAAUGCUUGAGGCUGCCUACUUCCACCUGCCACAUCCGUCGGACUCGGAAAAGCUUCGAUCCUACCUCCCUAGGAACCCCUGUCCGCUUCCUCUUUAUUAUCCCCAGGUGAAAUUUCUUCAGCAGACUUUGCUGCUGCAUUCGGACACCGUUGAGUUUUUCCAGCGGCUGGCCACCGAGUCUUUGUUCUUUGUGUUUUACUACAUGGAAGGCACGAAAGCGCAAUACCUGGCAGCUAAAGCGCUCAAGAAGCAGAGUUGGCGAUUCCACACAAAGUACAUGAUGUGGUUCCAGCGCCACGAGGAGCCGAAGAUCAUCAAUGAAGAGUACGAGCAGGGCACGUACAUCUAUUUUGACUAUGAGAAGUGGGGUCAGCGAAAAAAGGAGGGCUUCACAUUUGAGUACAAGUACUUAGAGGACAGGGAGCUCAACUGAUCUCAAGUGCAGCUGACUGACUCAUUCUGCCAGGGACCUCUCAAAUGCGCCCUUUGGCGACCCGAACGCUAAAUAGACGCGAUCAGAAACGCAUUGUCAUAUUUUCCGCUUCCGAGAGGCAUCGGUCCAGCAACUCAAUAAAAUUUCAACAAAUUUGAAAUUUGUGGCUUCAUCUUUUUCCAAUGUAGUGCUUAGAAACUCUCAGUUUGUUAAUUUUUUUACUUGCGCAAAUUACAAUUUAAGAAGCGUAGAGAAGUGGCCAAAUUUUACUCUCAAUUGUCUGUGCAACUUUUGGAACUCUUCACCCUAGCCGAAUUGCAAGUUUUGAUCAACAAAUGUAUAUUUGUACAGAAUACACCAGAUUAUAUGAA